CAAAAGCGCACGUGCGACUGCCCCGCCCCCUUUUCAACUGCCCCCCCAAAGCGCGAACCAAUUUUUGGCGCGCAUUUUUGUCAACGUUCAAUUGCAUCAAUUAUUUCGCAUUUUUUUUCCAAGUGUUUUAGUAGAAUUUUUUUUUAAAGGUGUACGUGUGUGUGUGAUUAUCGUAAUAAUUGUAAUUGUUUUGGUAACGUUAUCUGUGUGUGUGUGGCUAAUUGCAGGGCGCACUUGAAAUAUUCAUGGGACAAGUGCAGCGACAACGGGCUGAAUAAUUGACCAGAACUAGCAGCUAUUUUUUUCAUUGUUCCGUGUGCUUAGCCACCUUGUUUGUGUUUUUCGAGCGGACCGGACCAAAAAGAAAACGAGUUAAAAGGAACAGAAAGCCGGCGAUCCGGCGAACAUGUAAAUCGAAGCUCAAAUGGCAGCGAGCAACAAGCCCCGGUACAGAUACAAAUCCCACGGCGCCGCCCUGGAGUGCCUCCUGCACCUCGUCCUGUUCACCAGAGUUGUGCGUCUGGAGGUGUUUGCCGAGGAGGUCACCACUGCAGCCAGCCUGUCGGAAGAAUGGGGCUCCGGCUGGCGGGGCACCAAUUUCCUCGUGGAGGUCGAACAGACCGCCCCCAUCUCACCGCCCUCCUCGUCCUCGGCGUCCUCCAAUGGCAGCGAGGAUUAUAAUGGGGAACUGGGCAGCCAGGAGGUGGACGAGGGAUUCACAACAGGUGCCACAACAGGGGCCUCCAAUUCCACCGCCGAGGAAACAGGACCCAAGAUCAUCGUUCGCACCGAAGAGGUCCUGAUUGUGGGCCUGGUCCUCGUCCUCUGGGUGGGCGCCAUCAUGCUCUUCUUCAACCGAUGGGGCAAGAUCCGGAUGCUGGAGCCGUACCAGCCCAAGUUCCAGCAGCAGCACCGCAGCUCCUGUCCACUGGUCGAGUUGGAUGCGGUCACCACCCACCAGCGCUCCUCCGUGUCUCGAAUGUCGAUGGGCAUGGUGCACAAUCUCAAUAUGCCGACGUGUCAAUUUGCGGCCUAUAAUCCCAACAUUUAUGCCAAGGGAUACGCCUCGCAUGUGUCGGCGUCGCGUCCGCGCCAGAAUUCGGUGUUCGUGGGGGCCAGCACCAGCCACUACCUGAUGCCGCGACCUCCGAGGAAGACCCGCUCGGCGAUGGACCUGCACUCCAUGGUCCUGGACGAGAGUGCCGAGCAGGUGUAGGCAGGACUUUAGUGGAGGAUCCAUGGGAGAGAGUGCUAAGUCAGUUCGUAAGUGUAAGUGGAGUGGGAGUGCGGCUUUCAAGCCGAAUGAAUUUCGGAAACAAAUAUGUUUCAGCAUUCAUUUAAAUAACGCGUUUUCGGAGCACUAUACUGUGUGUGUGUGUGUGUGCCUAAAAGUAUGCAGUACAUUAUUUGGUGUGUUUGUAAUCUAGCAUGUUGUAGACAAACUCUUUAAGCAUACUUUUAGACAGCCACUCCAGUCAUUUUUAAAACUGCAAACAUUUUUUAAACAUCAAAGCUUUAAAAAAUACAAGGAAUUUGGUUACUCCAGUUUUCCAUGGUAUUUUAGGGUUUAUUAUUACCUACUAUAUUUUGAAAAAAGCCAGAGAAAAAAUGGGUUGAUAUGGUUUUCAGUUUUAUUUUGGGUAACUGCCAUUGGGAAGGCAGGGAAUGAUAGACGGAAUAGCACUGUCCAAUAUUUGCAAUUAUAAAUACUUACCACUCUCAACUAACUCUAUGCCAUUUCCUAACUAUCUCUGUCGCACAUAUUUAUUUCUGUGCUGGCACAGAGUCAAUUUGAGUCAAUUUUAUUUAGGACCAGUUAACCAGCUGUGAAAAGCAGAAGUUCACACACAGAAUUAUCAGCUAAACAUACCGAAAAUAUGUAGUAAUAUCUAUCUUAGAGUAUCUAUCUUAGCCCUAUCCAGUGUUACUCAACGUAGUCUAUACCUAAUCCCUUUUCCUACUCCACAAUAUUGGAUGACAGAGCAAAUUGUUAAAUAAACAUAAACAUAUGUAUACACGUAAAGUAAAUAAAUAUAUCCGCGAAACUGUUUAGUUCGUAAGCCCAAAGCUCAAAAAUCCAUCGGCAUGUAUGUGUUAACUUCAAACUCGACCAAAGUUUCCGUAUUUAUAUGUUUCCCCAGCACCUUUGUACUCCACCUUAAAAUGUAUCUUAACAUAAGUGAUUUCGACCAACAAAAAAAAACUGGAAAAGUAUGCAGAUAGAAAAAAAGAGAAGGGGAAAAAUGUGGAAAAGUGGAAAAUGAACAACUAACUACUAACGAAAGCUUUAAAUUCCUUGGGUCGCCUGGGGGACAUGCAAAACUAAGAACCCAUCCAGAUCGAAGUAAACUAAACCGCAGCUGAGAAUUAUACUUUAGGCCUAAGAUAACUACAGAUACCGAUGUGUGUAAGUCUCUACCAAAAAGUCUAGUGAAAAAUAUGUGGAUCAAUGUACACUUUACCAAAAACUACAACUAUAAAUAUAACCUCGAAUUAACGAUAACUCACACGGUCAGACAGUUGUUCCUCACAACUCAGAAAACCAAAAAAAAAAAAAAUAAAAUAAAUAAAUAUAUUGUUGAAUAUUAAUGUUUAAUUAACUUGUUUAGAAUAUUUACAAGGGCCUGAGCAAAACCAAUUAUAUAUACACUUGUGUACUAUAUCAAAAACUAAACUAUGUAUACAUAAAAUAUAUACAUGUAUAAAACAAAAACAAAAAAACAAUUAUAUACAUUUUGAUGAAUUCGAUUAAA